CACCGUCAGAUCUCCAUCAUAAAAAUCAUUUCCCUCAUCCCCUCGCCUCUCAUGACUGUAUAGCGAUUAGCGAAGAGCUCUCCACUUUCACCUCAUUUUCCUCCGUUCAAUUCCUCCCUUCCGUCCGCUCUUUCAUAUCCCGUCCCAUUCCAGACCGCCGGAAUCAUCGCCGGCCGCCUCCGUCGUCAUGCAGGCACCCAUUAGGGGCAUCCUUUCGAUGCAGAGAGCAGCCAGAUUGGCUCAUCAUCAAGCUAACAGGCUCCCUCUAGCCUUGAGAUCUUUCAGCACACAAGCUGCAAGCAAUGCCAGCACACCGCAGCCACCUUCACCUCCGCCGCCACCACCUCCCGAGAAGACCCAUUUUGGUGGCAUGAGUGAUGAGGAUCGCAUCUUCACCAACUUGUAUGGACUCCAUGACCCAUUCCUCAAAGGUGCAAUGAAAAGAGGUGACUGGUACAGAACCAAGGACUUGGUCCUGAAGGGCACCGAUUGGAUAGUCAACGAAGUCAAGAAAUCCGGCCUCCGAGGUCGUGGUGGGGCUGGUUUCCCCUCAGGACUCAAAUGGUCAUUCAUGCCCAAAGUCUCUGACGGACGCCCUUCCUAUCUGGUAGUCAAUGCCGAUGAAAGUGAACCGGGAACUUGCAAGGACAGAGAAAUCAUGCGUCAUGAUCCCCACAAGUUGCUUGAGGGCUGCUUGAUUGCUGGUGUAGGAAUGAGAGCCCGUGCUGCAUACAUCUACAUCAGGGGUGAAUACGUAAACGAGCGUAACAACCUGGAAAUUGCAAGGAAAGAAGCCUAUGCUGCUGGACUCCUCGGCAAAAAUGCCUGUGGAACAGGUUACGACUUCGAUGUCCAUAUCCACUAUGGGGCUGGUGCUUACAUUUGUGGAGAAGAAACUGCUCUUCUAGAAAGCCUCGAGGGGAAGCAAGGAAAGCCAAGGUUGAAGCCGCCUUUCCCUGCCAAUGCAGGACUCUACGGAUGCCCUACUACAGUGACAAAUGUAGAGACAAUCGCUGUCUCUCCCACUAUUCUGCGACGUGGGCCUGAGUGGUUUGCUAGUUUCGGAAGGAAGAACAACUCGGGAACAAAGCUGUUCUGUGUCUCGGGCCACGUUAACAAGCCCUGCACAGUUGAAGAAGAGAUGAGUAUACCCUUGAAGGAGCUCAUCGAACGACACUGUGGUGGGGUCCGUGGUGGAUGGGACAACUUGCUUGCUGUUAUCCCGGGUGGGUCUUCUGUCCCGUUGUUGCCGAAGCACAUAUGUGAUGACGUGUUGAUGGAUUAUGAUGCGUUGAAGGCUGUGACAUCGGGGUUAGGAACGGCAGCUGUGAUAGUGAUGGAUAAGUCUACCGAUGUCGUUGAUGCGAUUGCUAGGCUGUCGUACUUCUACAAGCACGAGAGCUGUGGGCAGUGUACUCCAUGUAGGGAAGGGACAGGGUGGCUAUGGAUGAUUAUGGAGAGGAUGAAAGUUGGAGAUGCGAAAUUGGAAGAGAUCGAUAUGCUUCAGGAGGUGACGAAGCAGAUUGAAGGGCAUACUAUCUGUGCUCUUGGUGAUGCUGCUGCUUGGCCUGUGCAAGGACUAAUUAGACAUUUCAGGCCAGAGCUGGAAAGGAGGAUCAGGGAGCGUGCUGAUAGAGAGUUGCUGCAGGCUACUGCUUAAAGUUCUGAUCAAGGGAAGUUUGCUUGCGAGGGGGAGUUGAUGAUCGUUGAAUAAAUAUCGUACCAACUACAACAAGAAUAUUUUUCAGGUGGUGUAUUGUCGACUGCGGGAGCAGGCAGUCGUUUAGUUGUAGUAUUUUUUUCUGGAUUUGAAAGCAACUGUACGAAUUAUGAGUGAUUUCACAGUCCUGAGGGAGACUUUGCACAUUAUUUGUAUGCUGAAGGGGGGAUAUAUCUUGUUAGUUCUUUUGGAAGGAUUCCUUGAAAGUUUGACGUUGUUAAUAAGAUGUGCAAUGUUACUAUUUACACCCAGAGGCUUGCGUUACUUGGUUUCUCUGAAUCUGAAGGUGGGGUUCAGUCGUGAUCUGGGUUUUGGCUGGGACGUGAUGUUCACGUCCCAAUCAAAUCCGUUUACCAUUUCUGUUUUCCUAUCAUAACGCCUACUGGCUACAGGCAAUGUGCUCAGAAACUGAGUAUGCGAUAAUGCUUAUGGGCAGGUGGAUAAUGAUUUGGUUUGCAGUAGCUUGAAUUUGAUUAACAUGACUCAUCUGAACUGAGCGUAAAUGAAUUGAUUUGUAUUCUAAAA